UUCAACAUGUUGAAUCAAAUCACUUGGAUAUGUUACACAAACAUCCUUUCACUUAGGACUGCAAUAUCUCAGGGUUUGGCUUGUUUUCUGCAUUCCUCAGGGCAAGCAAGAACAAUAUCGAGAGGAACAUGCAAGAUGGGGUCCGUGUUUCGGAGCGAAGAGAUGUGUUUGUCGCAACUUUUCCUUCAGGUGGAGUCGGCCUAUUGCUGUGUGGCAGAACUUGGUGAGCUGGGCCUGGUUCAGUUCAGAGAUUUGAAUGUGAAUGUGAACAGCUUCCAAAGAAAGUUUGUGAAUGAAGUGAGACGAUGUGAAUCCUUGGAAAGGAUCCUUCGCUUCCUAGAAAUUGAGAUGGGAGAUGAGAUACUGUUUCAUAAGCCUGGGAAAUAUCCUGAGACUCCACUACCAAGAGAAAUGAUUGAUCUAGAGGCAGUUUUGGAGAAAUUGGAAGGGGAGCUACAAGAGGCCAACCAGAACCUGCAAGCAUUGAGGCAGAACUUUCUAGAACUCACUGAACUAAAGCAUCUUCUGAAGAAAACCCAGGACUUUUUUGAGACUGAAACUAAUUUGCCUGAUGAUUUCUUCAAUGAAGACACCUCUGGGCUGUUGGAGCUAAGAAGCACACCGGCAGCAGUUGCUGCAAAACUGGGAUUCAUAGCUGGUGUGAUCAAGAGGGAAAGGAUGGUGCCUUUUGAGCGUUUGCUUUGGAGAGCUUGCCGAGGGAACAUCUAUUUGAGGUUCAGUGAAAUGGAUACUCCUCUGGAAGAUCCUAUCACUAAAGAAGAGAUGAAAAAGAAUGUCUUCAUUAUUUUCUACCAAGGGGAGCAGCUCAGACAGAAAAUCAAGAAGAUUUGUGAUGGGUUCCGUGCUACAGUGUACCCUUGCCCAGAGUCUGCUGGAGAGCGCCGAGAAAUGGCCGCUGGGGUGAACACAAGGAUUGAGGAUCUAAACACAGUGAUCACCCAAACAGAGUCUCAUCGCCAGGGACUGUUGAAGGAAGCAUCUGCCAACCUGUGGAGCUGGGGGAUCAAGGUGAAAAAAAUGAAGGCCAUCUACCACAUCCUGAAUUCUUGCAACAUUGAUGUCACACAGCAAUGUGUGAUUGCAGAGAUCUGGUUCCCUGUGACAGACACAUGCAGAAUAAAAAGGGCUCUGAAUCAAGGAAUGGAACGAAGUGGAUCUACAAUCAACCCUAUCCUGACUGCUAUACAGACCAAGAUGGCUCCUCCCACAUUUAACAGAACCAAUAAAUUCACAGCUGGUUUUCAAAACAUUGUUAAUGCUUAUGGAGUGGGGAAUUACAGGGAAAUGAAUCCAGCCCCCUACACCAUCAUUACCUUCCCCUUUCUGUUUGCGGUCAUGUUUGGUGAUUGUGGCCAUGGUACGGUCAUGUUGGCCUUUGCUCUCUGGAUGGUCACUAAUGAGAAGUCCCUUUUAGCCCAGAAGAGUGACAAUGAGAUCUGGAACACCUUUUUCAGUGGCCGCUACCUGAUCCUACUCAUGAGUAUCUUCUCCAUCUACACUGGCUUCAUCUACAAUGAUUGCUUCUCCAGAUCAUUCAACAUAUUUGGAUCUUCUUGGCAUGUCCGUCCCAUGUUUGAGAAAGGUGGAUGGACGGAGAGUUAUAUCCAUCAAGGUGUUUCAUUUGAGCUGAAUCCAACAAUAGCGGGCGUGUACUCUGGAAAUCCCUAUCCUUUUGGAAUAGAUCCGAUCUGGAACAUUGCAGACAACAAGCUGACCUUCUUGAAUUCCUACAAAAUGAAAAUGUCUGUCAUCGUGGGAAUCACACACAUGGUCUUUGGGGUGGUGCUCAGUGUCUUCAACCAUGUAUAUUUCAGGAACACUAUCAACAUUAUCUUGCAGUUCAUUCCAGAGAUGAUCUUCAUCCUUUGCUUGUUUGGUUACCUCGUUGUCAUGAUUAUUUUCAAGUGGUGCCAGUAUGAUGCCUAUGGUGCCCAAGAUGCCCCAAGCAUCCUUAUCCAUUUUAUCAACAUGUUUCUGUUUAGUUACAGUGAUAAGACAAAUCUUCCCCUCUAUGAGCACCAGCAAGAAGUACAGACCUUCCUGGUCAUUUUUGCCUUGAUAUCUAUUCCUUGGAUGCUCCUGAUUAAGCCCUUCAUUCUUCGAGCCAAACAUCAAAGAGAGCAGAGAAUGCUGGUUUCAUCUGGACCAUCAGAGAGUCCCACUGGUGAUAUUGAGGUGGAAAUCAUGGAGUCUAAUGACUCCAAGAAGGCAAACCAGCAUGACCAUGAGGCUGGUGGCCAUGGAGGACAUGAUGAUCACGAGGAAGAGUUUAACUUCGGAGAUAUCUUUGUGCACCAGGCUAUCCAUACCAUUGAAUACUGCUUGGGUUGCAUUUCCAACACAGCUUCUUACCUACGGCUCUGGGCUCUCAGCUUGGCUCAUGCACAGCUCUCGGAAGUCCUCUGGACCAUGGUAUUGCAUAUUGGGUUGAGCUCGAGUAGUUGGUCAGGACUCAUUGUGGUCUUUAUCAUUUUUGCUGUCUUUGCUGGUCUGACAGUAGCCAUUCUGCUUAUCAUGGAGGGCCUCUCUGCCUUCUUACAUGCACUAAGGCUUCACUGGGUGGAGUUUCAGAACAAAUUCUAUGCCGGAGCUGGUUAUGCAUUCACACCAUUCUCCUUUAGGACCAUCAUAGAAGGAACAGAAGAAUGAAACCCAUUCAGAGCACAGAAAUCUGAAACUCUGUGGCUUGCUUCCAUUCUUUUCUUCUUCUUUUCUGAGAAUUUCCCUGAGAAUUAAGAACUUUGAGGAAUGAAGAAGCUGCUUCUGCAUUGCCUUCAUAUAUUGUACAGUUAAUUGUAAGGAAAAAUCCCCCUUCCCUAGCUGAAUAUCGUAAUGACCUUUGCCACCCAGUCCAGUAGGCUUAACAGAUAGUUAAGCAUAACACUUCUCUCUGUCAUCCACUGUAAAACAAAACCAUGAAUCAUCAAUCUGGUUCUAAACAAAGAUCUAAACCACAAAUGUUAGUUUGCCUAUAUUAUUUGAUGUCACUAUGCCCCCUGAAAAAAGCCAGACCUGAAUAUAUGGUGGAUCCUUCCUAUCAGUGGGCUGGAGAUUCAUAGAUUUGACCACCUGUGAAUCACCACAGCUCAUAUUUCUCAGUGGUGGCACAUGCAUACAUUGGGAUGCAGCUGCCAUUGAAUAAUAUGAGGUGCAACUGUCCAUGUUUUUUACCAUCUUCAGGAGCUCCUGGAACUGGACCAUCACAGAUGGGAAAGGUCCACUGUACAAUUAGAUGGUUCUACUGGGUAGACAGCGAUAUACUACUUGUGAUCUCUUUGGAUGUUGUUGGACUACAACUCUAAUCUCUCAUCAAGCCUGAUGGAAUCUGCAUUCCAAUAACAUAUGGAAGACCACUUUGGAAGUACCUUAAUGAUCAUGAUUCUAUCAUUGUGUGCUAGAAAAAGAGAAGCUGAAAUGGCAGUUUCUCUUGCCACUGGCCAGUGUUGUGGUUAAAACAAAGCCAAACCUGACAGUGUUGUCCCUUCAGCAUCACUACUGAAAGCACUGGUCUUAUAUUUGCAUCCCUGACAUAAGUGGUUCACCUUGGAAUUAAAUGGGAUUUUAUUUCUUGGUAUAUUUCCUGUAUAGAGAGUGCUAGAAAGGCAUCCAAAAGAUGACGUCUUAGGCUGAAUCUGCACAGUAGAAUUAAUAUAGUUUGACACCACUUUAACUGCCAUGGUUCAAUGCUGUGGAAUUCGCGGAUUUGUAGUUUUGUGGGAUACUUAGCCUCCUGUCUCAUAAAGUUCUGGUGCCACAACAAACUACAAAUCCCAGGAUUCCAUGGUAUGGAACCAUUGCAGUUAAAGCAGUGUUAAACUGCAUUACUUCUGCAGUGCGGCAGCCACCCCUAUUUCUGACUCCUACAACUGCUAAUUUAAGCCCCUUUAUAUAACUGACUAGUUAGGAAUGCAAGAGCAUUUUCCUUCUGAGCCCCCUCCACAUGGUAUUACAAGUAGUAACUAGUAAAUAACAGAAAUAGAGAGAUGUGUUGAGACCAGGACUUGGAAGAGUUACUUUUUUGGACUCCAAGCCCCUAAAUCCCUCAGGCUGAAUGAUCCUGUAAUUAUAGUCUUUAAAAGCCAAUUUCCCCAGCUCUGGUUAAACCCUGUGGGUUUAAAUAUUGAGAAAACCCAAAGGAUUACAAGCCAUGGCUUCUCUGCUCACAAACGUACAUUGUCUAAAUACAGCUUUAAUUCCUGCUGUGUAAAACAUACAUCCUUCUGUGAGACUGCUCUUCUAAUUCUCCAAAUGAAUUGUUUGUUAAUUGGUUUAAUAAAGGAAAUGAA